AUGAGAAACACCUUGUUAAUCCACCUGAUCAUAAUUAAUAUGGAGUGCACGACACCGGCCACAACCACAGACAGCAGGCGUUCAUCCACGUGUCGGAGCCACACGUCGCCACCAUGCCUUCUCGAAUGCUUCUUAUCCAGCAGCUGCGAAUUGAGGAACUGCAAAUUAAAUAUUUCAUCCGACGCCGCAUUCAAAUCAUCAUCUUCGUCGUCGUCUUUCUCGCUGACCAGUUACGUCUUUGAUUCCGUGUGCGUUCAGAGUUUGAGGCCAUUUUUUUUUCAAAACCGAGAGAUGAGAAAGCUGGUCUUCAUAAAUUGUGACCUGGAGGAAAAGCCAGAUGUCCAUUUGUUGGGUGGCCUGCGUAGGUUGGACUCCCUGGAGAUCAGGGGCACUCCAACCUUGGAUGUUUUGUGGCAGAACGACGAAUUUGUGAGAUCUCUCCUCAAAUUAGUGCUCGCCAAUUUAACUUUGGAUGUUAAUGGAUUAGAAGAAGAAGCCAAGAGUCUUGGAAUUAUGUUCCAAAAUUUCACCUCCCUACAACACUUAACUGUUUAUGGAUCACCCAAAAAUAUUUUCUUCUUCAAACACGUAAAAUGCAAACAAUUAACAUUUGUGACCAGUCAAUACAAAAGUAUAGAAGCGUACCUUAAUGAACCGAAUUUGCAAGACAACCUCACCUUGCCGCACUUUACAAACGGGACUAACUUGAGAUUGAACGUUGAAGAACUUAAUAAGUUUGUUAAUAUGACCUUACUAACUGUUUCAUCGUCAUCAACAUCACCGCCCGAACCAAUAACCAUAAAAAAGCAUGUACGGAAGACCAAACUGUCCAGCUUUCAGGUCGUCAUCGCUAACAACUCGCAUAUCGAUAAAAGAGAGACACAGCCUAAAGAUAAUACUUUAAAGUCAAAAAAUGAGAGGAACGUGCAAACGGGUGCCGACGAGAAAAUGAAUUAUGACGAUGACGAUCAGCCAGUUUACGACACGCGAGUCUUUCCCUACAUCAACUGUCUCUUCGUUUUGCUACUCAAGAACAAUUCUAUUGUGGUCAAGUGUCAGGCCACUGCAGAUCCACCGGCUGACAUCUACAUCACCUUCCCUGACAAUCAAAGUCUCCUUCAACCGAGAAGCCACGGCAAAAAGACAAUCACCGUCACCCACGUUGAAUCAAUUGAAAGGGACAAGCCAGUCUCAGGUAAGUACGAGUGCCAAGCUAUCAACAACGACGGGAAAUCGGAGGUUUUGGAGAAAUGUGCCAUAGACGCAGUUGUAAAGAAGGGACUGCCUGCUAGGUCUCAAAAAGAUUUUCAUCUCGAAUUUUCAUCUCGAAUUUUCAGCACGUCACUUUAA